GAUAUGGACUUACGCCAGCUCAUUUGUUUGGUUUUUCUGGCGAGUCUGAGAUAUUCCCAAGGUCAGACUUUGGGAUGCCAUCAAGGCCAGUGGCAGUGUGAUGAUGGAAACUGUAUCCCUGAUGUCUGGAGAUGUGACGGAGGUGGAGACUGCCUGGAUGGAUCAGAUGAAAUGGGUUGCACUGCACUCCCAGGCUCUCCUGAAUGUCCGCCGGGACAGUUUCCUUGUGUGGACUCUGUCGGCUGUGUUGAUGCAUCGGCCCGCUGUGACGGAAAAAAACAGUGUCCCACCGGCUCUGAUGAGGAGAACUGUGCAGCAACAGAGGGCUGUUUGGACUCUGACUGGACCUGUCGGAACCACAUCUGCAUCCCCAAAGAGCUGCACUGCAAUGGACUGAAUGACUGCAUGGACAACUCUGAUGAAGAGAACUGUGGUCUGUGUGUUGUUGAUGGCAUCCGGUGUCCUGAUGGGACGUGUCUGACUGCUGAACAGAGGUGUGAUGGGACGGUUCACUGCUCAGAUGGAAGUGAUGAGCCACUAACCUGCGGUAAGUUUGGGGCAGAUUUACCUGAAUUACAAUGA